AUGGGUGCAAAACCAGCGCAGCGCCACGUCAGCCGGGCACAAACUAGUUUCUGCCUUCGCUGGCUCACCACCAAGUUGCGCGGCCAAAUCUUCCAACUCACAGGUUCUUCUCGCGCUCGCUCUUGCUUUUCCCCUCCCCCGCUCACCUCGCUUCGCCUCAAGCUCUUAACUAUCUCAUGCUUCGUCGCUCGCUCGCUUGCUUCAGUCUGUCUAGGACGUAUGCACAAUCUGCUCGACACCGUCUCCGAGCGCCUCGCUUCCCCUCACCACCGUGAGUUCCCUCUCCCUCCCGCGCACGCCCCGCACCCAUCCAAGCACCCGAGCCACCCCAAGCCCAGGGGGGGAGACGACGAUACCCCAUCACUAUAA